AUAUUCGCUUCGAACGUUCUCUAGACGGCUAGGAAUUUUUUUUUGUCUACAUUCAAUAAAGCUUCUUUUAUACGUCUAUGAUUUAUAUUUUACUAAGACAAAUCCAAAGGAAAUGUUUGUAAAUGGAUUAUUAAUCAGGAGUCAAUACGUCCUGUUCCUCAUCAUCUUCGAACUAACAAGCAGAAGAAAGUCACCGUGGUGUACAUCAGCCAACGGCGUCAAUACAACUAUAAACGGAAUUUUAGAAGUUAAUAUUGCUGGAUUGUUUGAAUUAGAAAAUUCUACUAUAAGGCCAGAAUUUGUAGCCGCUGGUUUAGCCAUACAGCAGGUCAACAAAAAAGGUUUCAUACCUGGCGUUCGAUUAUCCCUCUUCGCAAAUGAUACAAAGUGCGACGCUGGAAGAGGAGCAGAUGCAUUCUACGAUUUUAUAUAUAGAAAACCAAAAUUGAUGUUCCUAGUUGGAACCAAAUGCUCUGAAGUUGCCAAAACUCUAGCCGAAAUUGUUCCUUAUUGGAACCUUUUAUUUAUUUCUUACGGUGCCAUUUCACCAGCUUUAAGCGAUCGUGAAAAAUAUCCAACUUUUUUCCGAACUGCAACAGUCGACUCUUCUCAUAAUGAUGCUAGAAUACAAUUUUUUAAAUCUCUCAAUUGGAAUACAUUCGCAACCAUUCACGAGGAUCAGGAGCUUUACUCACUGGCAAUCAACGAUUUGUCGAGGGCGUUAGAAAAAGCGAAUAUGACAGUCGAGAGGGCGACGACAUUUCGAGGAACAGGAAGCGAUGUUAGAGUAAAAAUGAAUAUUUUAAAGGAAGCUGACGCAAGGAUAAUUAUUGGUUCCUUCCAAGAAGAUGCCGCCCGACAGGUGUUUUGCGAAGCCUACAAAUUGAGGAUGUAUAGUCCGCGUUAUGUUUGGAUUUUACAUGGUUGGUAUACUGAAAAUUGGUGGACCAGUUCCAAGGGUACCAGCUGCACCGAUGAGGAACUUGCCGUUGCGGUUGAUGGAUACAUUAGUGUCGAUAGCGUAUCGGUUUUUCGUGAUGGUCAAACGACAUACGAAAGUAUAUCCGGUUUAACGCCCGACAAAUUCGACGAAAUCCUGUCGUCCCGAACAAAUCAGUCUGGCUUGAUCUACGCUUCCCUCGCUUUUGACGCUAUUUGGACGUUAGCUUAUGCUCUCCGUAAAUAUCAGUUAUCGGAGCGUCAUUUACCAAAAUUGGAUAUGUUUAAUUAUAAAGGUGAAGAGGGUUUCAAUAUCUUCAAAUCAUUAUCAGAAAUUCUUGCUAAUCUUGAAUUUGCUGGAGUCUCGGUAAGCUUAUUAAUAUAUUCUAUAUUUCCACCCAAUUUCUUGUCCUAUAAUUCAAUAACUCGUAAUGGAGCUGUUGCGUUAGGCGUUCAUGCGCGAAAAAUUGCCCAACCCAAUAUGACGCUUUGUAGACGUUCGGGAUAUUCUUAUUUCCGCCAGGGACCCGUCUCCUUCCACGGACCGGAUAGGCAGGGGAUUAGCGUUCUCGAGCAGAAUCAACACAGCCACAUGCGUACCAUAGCUUUGUUUUAUCCGGAGAAGAACAGACUGGAUUUACAUUGCAAGUCUUGCAAGGAAAUCUAUUGGAAGAACGGAAAAGUAAAUAAGUCAACAAUUUAA